AUGUCGAAUAAUGGCGGUAUUAUUAGAGCAGCUGGUUUAACUCCAGAUCUUAUUAUAUGUCGAAGUGAAAAUAAGUUGACAGAUAAUUUAAAAAACAAGAUUUGUCAAUUUGGUUUAAUUGAUUCAAAACAAAUAAUUGGUGUUUACGAUUGUAAAAAUAUUAUUCAUGUACCAAGUUUGUUGCAAAAACAUGGCAUUAUUGAACUUAUUGAAAAACGUCUAUGUUUAGAUUCUUCCAAUAAACUAGCAAUAACAGCUGGUGUCACAAACAUGUUUCAAUGGUUUAAAUUUGCAAAUAUUGUUGACACAUUUACAGAAACUAUUAAUAUUGUUUUAGUUGGAAAAUAUGUUCAAAUAGAAGAUGCAUAUGCAUCAAUAAAUAAAGCCUUAAAACAUGCCGCAACACAUGCCAAAAGAAAUGUCAAAAUUAAUUAUAUUCAGUCGCAAGAUCUUGAAAUUGAAACAGAAGAGAAGAUAAAAAAAAGUGGAUUUGGUAAACGAAGAGUUGAAGGUAAAAUUUUAGCAUGUCAAUAUGCACGUGAAAAUAAGGUACCAUUUCUUAAAAGACAUCGUCAUAGAUAUGAAGUAAAGCCAACAAUUGUUUCAAAACUUUCAGAAGCUGGUUUAUUGUUUGUAGGAAUAGGAGUUGAUAAUUCUAGUAAUACUUAUAUUAAUAAAAAAAAAACUUUAUCAGCAAAUAAUCUUAUUAAAAUGACAACAUCAUCUCAUUCAGAAAGUCUCUUACAAACAAUAAAUGAAAUUUGUUCUAUAAGUAGCGCAUAG